AUGGCGGCGUUUUGCUGGACUUUCCGACAUGUCCAAAUGGAUUGUCCAUCUGGAAAGGAAUAUAAUGGUCGUGUCAUUGAUGGCAAGUGUGUAGAAUGUAAGCUUGGAGAAUAUCGGGUGAAGGAAGAAUCAGAUAAAUGCUUGGUAUGUCCUGAGCGGCAGACAACAAUAUCAACAGGAGCUAGCAACUGUGUGGACUCAAAAGAGACACCGAAACCUAAUGUGCGUGUCAAUAUUCAGCUGAAGUUAAGGUUUAAAGUGACAAACUGUGGUAAUCCUGGACAGUUGAAAGGUGUUUUGGAGUCUUUUAUUCUGAGAAUUACGAUAAGAAUCUGCAGCAGUUGGAAUGAAAAAUGUGACCGUGUUCGAGUGACAUUCACAUCUAUUCCUUCGUGUCCGAUUGGCAGGCGUCGAAAACGAGAUUCCAAUGAACUUGAACUUGAGGCAAUUGUUGAUGUUGAUGAUGUGCCUGAAGUUCUAACAAACGGAACCGAUAGACGUUCAGCUGUAGGGGUAUUUGCUGAUGCCUUUGGUGUGGAUGCUCAACCGGACACUGUGGAAUUGGAAAACAAUGGAAUUUAUUUUGAUGGUGUUCUUAAUCUGACAUCAAGAGUUACCUGUACCAGAGGAUCAGUGCUGGUAAAUAACACUGAAUGUGAAAAAUGCAAAGCUGGUACCAAGUUUGUGGAUGUGAACAACAGUUGUGUUGACUGUAGUACAGAAGGAAAGUACCAAAAUGCAACUGGACAAUCAGUCUGCCUGUCAUGUCCAGGAAUAAUGACACCUUCAGCUGAUGCCACACAUUGCAUUUCAAAAUGUGAAGCGGAGUCGGACUACUGCCAGAAUGGAGGAACCUGCACAGUCAAAUCUGAAUCUGAAGUAUCAUGCUCUUGUCCCAGUCCAUACACUGGGCCUCUGUGUGAAAUGCGAUCAGAUCCCAGUAAAGACAGUCAGCUGAACGACAUUUUAGGAGCUGCUAUUGGUGGUGGAGGGGCCUUCCUCCUCGUGAUGUUGAUUGUCAUUGGAUGUGUAGUAAUGAGAAGGAGAAAGGACAAAAAACAAUACAUGAAAUCUAUGCAGAGUUACACCUCUGAACCUGCGCCAUUCAUGAGUGCUAUGGAGCAUGCGCCAUAUCUGGCCCACAAGAGUCACCACUUGAAUCCACUGUAUGACAACCGGGAUGUAAUGGACUUUUAUGACCCAAUGGGAAGUGGCAUGUUUGACAGACCGUAUAAUGCUGUGACCCCUAAAGAAGACUACGAUCAGACAGAUGAACCGUACCCCAGCGUUUACAGACCGAUUGUUGGAUCUACUUCGCCCAGACGUCAAGGAACCUCCAUGUAUCAGGCUUGAUCUGACACUGCCAGUAAAUACAACUCUUGAAAAAGAGUAACGAAGAGUACAAUGACAUUUCUAUAUUAAUCAAUACUAUGCAUUUUUGUGCAGUAUCAUUUCUAUAUGAAAUGGAUAAAUAAUACAGCUAACUUGAAAAUAAUGUGGAAACAAACAAACAAAUUACCUGCAAUUUAAUUUUAAAAAUAACUGUCAAGAAGUAAUGUACAUGUACGUUUUUGAGGCUAUGGGGUAUAUUAAUUAUUUUGUUGUCUUGGUGUUUCUUAUUCAGGUCAAAUGUUUCAUUUAUCACUUUAUUAAUAUCAGUUUUAUAUUGUGGGUAUUUUCAUACUCUGGAGACCUCUUGAUGACCUCCGGAAGACAUCACAUUUCGUCAUCACAUCCAGAUUAUGGAUCUAAUACAGCCAAAUCUUGAUUGAACACAGAAGAAUAAUACUUAAUUAAAUAGAAUUUCUUUAGGGGCCGUUCAGAUAUUACGUAAUGCUUGACCAUAACUUCCCAAAUAAUGCUUGGAGACAUUCCCCUACUAUUAACCCCUUCAUAAACAAGCCAUUUUACACGAUGGGUAUAAUAAUACAAUGAUUCCAUUUAUUGUAACAUAAUGCUUUGCAAUCUGGGGAAGCAAUUUGUAGUCUUACGAACAGUAAUAAUAUGUUGCUAUAUUUUAAAAUUAAUAUUAUUUGAAUACCAGUAUAUAAUAUACUCAUUCAUCAAAUUGGUGUUAAAGAGAAAGUCAUAUAUUUGUCUUUAUGUAUUAUUUAUUAAUGCAUAUCUGUUUGUAAUACAUGUAUAUUAACAACAAAAACACAAAUAACACUUCCUUGUCAAUGUGGUAAGACAAAAAGUGAAAGGUUUUAAAAAUUAAU